AUGGCAUCGCGCCUCCUCCGACCGAUGAGGUCGCUCAUGGCCUCCCGACGUUUAUCAAAAUACGUGGUACAUGGGCAACCAAUGGUUGUGCAAGGAGUACGGAUCAAGCACGGCUCCUUUAGAAGGCGAAUGUUCCGGGUCGUGAGCAUGAGUAUUCUUGCGUACGUGUGCAUCGACUACUACGACAGAAAAGUGCUGGGAAUGCUUUCGAACGCCCUCGACGAUCUCGACGACGGCCGUGGCCAUAGUGCGCAAGACGACGACGAAGAAGAGGAUUACGUCUUCAUACCAUUUCCCCUGACGGAGCAAAAGCUCAAGCCAGAGCCAUACUCAGCACGCAGCACGGAGUGGAAAGAGUUUGUCAAGUUUGCGCAAGAUCAGAAACGGAUAGAGCAAGUUCAGGCGGACAUCGCCAGUCUGGUCUUGACGAUGCUCAAGAAACAGCGAAUCUUGACAACCCAUGUUGGCCCUGACAUGACUGUCAAAAAGGCAUGGCUCCAGGCGUUUUACCCUUUGGUUGCACCUCCCGAAUACGAGCGUUACGGAAUCAUGAUUACAUCUUAUGAAAUCGGAUGGGCCAGCAUAUCGAUGGAGUCGCCGCAAGUGAAGAAAGCCGAGAGGUUGUUCUGGCCUAAGCCUGUUGCGCUAUCGCUAUGGGCCGUCGCCACGACCCUAGCGAAGAAGAAAGCGGUGGAAGUCUCGCAGUUUUUCGGUCUUUCUAAUCUCCUCACUCCCUCGGCAUCUACGGUACAACCAGCUCAGGGAACUGGAACAACGGGAUUGCAGUCGACGGUCACUGGUGAUGUUCAGAGGAUGAUGGACCAGAUCCGGCGACAGGCAACACAACGACCGGAGGACGUGCAGGACCCUGGUGCCCUCGUAUCGGCAAGGCGCAUGAACCCCGAAGCUGCUACGCAGGACAAGGGGAUACUUACGACCACGAAACAAACACCUCCCAGCAAAGAGGCGCCCAAGACCAGUGACGAGAAGAAGGACAAGGAAUGGGCUUUGGCCCAGUUGCGGGAAUUCAUCGGCCUCAGCCCGUGGGAGAUCUUCACCAAGACGUACAGGAAGGUCUGGAAACCAAUCCGACCUGACCCACCCCGCGGCUCGAUGGCUUUUGCCGGCAUGAUCGAGUUUGAGACGAAGAAGCAUUGGUUAACAGCAUAUGUCACGGCUUGGUAUAACCCGGGGACGAGGACGUUUGACCCGAAUAACUUCACGAUUACUGUGACGAGGUUGACGAACAAGCAAGUUCACCCCUUGGUUCGUUAA